ACAUAAAUAUCGAACGUCAUUCCUAAGCUUCUUUUGGCCUCGGACUCGGUGUGCAAGCGACCUCCUUCCCCAACCCAGAGUAAACAUGAAGUUGAUUGAUUGAUCGGGGAUGAAAUAAUUGAUGGAAUAAUCUCUCCUCUUCCUCUGAAUCCGACCCCGAGAUGGCUGGCCUCAUCAAAAACCAGAUCCUGAAACACUUGUCGAAAUUUGCAAAGAACUUGUCAUCAGAUAGUGUGAAUGUGAGCACACUGAAGGGAGAGGGUGAGCUCACCAACUUGGAGCUCAAUGAAAUAGUUCUCACAGACCUCCUUGAACUUCCGGCUUGGUUGCGGAUAAAACGGGCAUUAGUGAAUCGCGUUAACCUCAAGAUACAAUGGACCAAGCUCAAGAGUGUGCCCAUUUUAGUGAGCCUGGAUGAGGUGCAGGUAGAGAUGGAAACAUGUACAGACCUGCGCUCUCAGACCAGCUCCUCCGUCCUCCCCUCCUACAGCUCGGGUGGACGCUAUGGUUUUGCAGAUAAAGUCAUUGAUGGCAUGACUGUCACCGUGAACUCUGUUCUCAUUACAUUCUGCAGUCCAGCUUUUCAUGCUUCUUUCCAGCUCUCACGCAUCAUGCUGGACUCCAAAAACCCAAACUGGCAGAAAGCUGAUCUGCGCAUGACCAGGCUAAAAGAACCAGACAAGGGGGAACUUCUUAUCUUCAAAGAGCUUUCAUGGCAGACCUUGAGAGUGGAAGCACGGUCUACCAGAGACCAGGGACUGACUCCUCUGCGACUCAUCACAAACCAGGCUCGCUGUCGCAUCACAAUAAAGAAGAGGCUUGCUGACUGUACAGUGAUUGGUUGCCGGCUAGUGAUCCUAAUGGACGACUUGCUUUGGGUGCUGACUGACUCACAGCUGACAGCAGCCUUCCAUUUCCUCGAUUCCCUAUCAGACUUGGUACGGAAAGCAACACAACAGAACCAGAAGACCAAAGCUGUUCGGAAGUUAGAGUCCCUGCCUGAGUUCCAAGCCCAGCAGAUGCAGCAGGCUAGAGGGGGAGGGGGAAGUGCAAGUGGGGGAAGCAGUGGGUCGGGUAGAGGGCACCAGUCUCAGUCCAAUAUCACCAAGAUCUUCAACAAGUACGACGUGCCGGAGACAUCUUACCACUUCUACUCAGAGAGGAUCGACCUGCAUUUCUGUGAUGACCCCGGACCGGGGAGGUCCAGUCACCCAGAUUUGUCAGCUGGGGCAGCACUCCAGUUCACCAUCAGUCAACUUGAAAUUGACUUCUAUCCGUAUCACCUUGCGGCAGGCGACAGAGCACACUGGGUCAAAUACUUAGCAGACUGUGGACCAGCCCAGUGGGCACAGGCAUCCCUUGCGCAGUUCAGAACGCGACUCAUAGAUACUCUUAACUCUAGUCGGUCGUCACACACUCCUUUGUCCAGAGCCCCUCCCCAUGCACGUCAUGACACCUCUCUGCAGAGUCCUGGUGGCCGCAUGAGCACGGCACCAGGAGAUGCCACCAGUACUGGGCCAGCAAGUCCUUUAAAAGGAGUUGUGGGAACCCAGCUGCGGAAACUCAUGUCCUCAUGCUGUGUCCUACGGAUUAAUGACUUCUGCGUGUAUAGGGUAUCCACUUCCAAAAGGAAACAGGCCCCCAAAGAAUUCAUCUCAGCUGGACACACCAAAAAACAUCGGAAAAAGACAGGGGACAAGGAUAGGUUCAACCUGCCCACCCAGAUGGCCAGCCUCCAUCUUGAGUUCACAUCAUACUACUACCCAGCUGACUCAGAGUUUCCAGUGCCGCCACCCAAGUUGUACCUGCAGCUCAACCCCAUACAGGUGACCUUUGACCCCUUGUCCCUGUUAUGGCUCAAUGCCUUUACCAGAAGCCUCCAGCGCACCAUCGUCACAGAGCCACCACCAAGUUCCUACCUCGACGUACACCUGGAAGCCAUAAUGCCUCGGGUCAUUAUUGACGGAGUUGGAGAACAGACCAAUCAGCGCGACCGUCCACGUGCCAUGCACAUCCAGACCUCGAGGCUGAUCCUCUCAAAUGUGCGACCUGCUGACCCAACCAGUCCGGGCUCACUUGCAUCCCUGGCGACGAGCUUAGAAGCAGCUCAGCAAGGGGAACUGUUCUUUGCCUCAGACUUUCCAGCCACCCCUGCAGACUUCCAGCCAAUUUGUGACAAGUUUGUCAAGCAUGCCAUGGCUGAAGAUAAUGUGAGAAGUCUUCCCUCGGUUGACGCUUCGUUAUACGAUGCUAUAUCAAGCAUGAAACGCGAUGCACUAUGGACUCAAGCGAGGGAUGUCCUCUUUGUGUACUGUGAUCCCAUGUGGGUAGAGUUUCUCAAUGUGCCUGCUGCUCGAAAUAGACCUGUUCCAUUUGUGGAUGCGUUUCCAGUGUCGCUCUGGAUUUACAUCAAGCCAAAGCCUAAGCCAAUGAGUGAUCAGAAAGUGUCUGGUGUCAAGCCUUGUGAAGAUCAAGAUGUUAGACCACACAGAGACUUAUUAAGAAAUUUUUACUGUCAGGAGCAAAGCAAGGAGGCGCAUGACUGGGACGGAAAUAAGCAAGUGCCAUUUCAGAGGGAUGAAGGGGAGAUGCAAGGAAAGAGGAGUCGGCAGGAGGCUGCCAUACACAUACUUGCUCACACGCCAAGUCUAGUCAGUGCCCAACUCAACCACUACCAGUACCUGUUUCUCAUGCGACAGUUAGAUGUGGUCACGGAACUCACGACCUACCUUACCUCUGAUACCAUCCAUAUCCUGACACACCCUGAUAUGGCCGGAGUGGCCCUUUCUGCAGACAACCUCGGGGACACACUGGCCAUCUCGGCCAUGGUGCCUCAGCUAGACGUCUCGCUGGUGAUGCCCCCCCCACAUCCAAACAAAGACUCAGUGGCCGGAGAUAUGGAGAGCUUCCUCCCUGAUUCCUCUUCCACAGCCGACCUUCACGAUCUAGGUUCUCCUAGCUGCGAGGUACGGAACUCAGCAUCAGAGCAUAGUAUAGUCCAGAGGGCCAGUGAAGCCGAUGCUUGUUCCAUAUCUAGUGAUAUCACUAAGUCAUACAGUGUUGAUCAGUUAGCCUCACCGCAGCCAUCACCGGCCACUACUUCCAUCACAAAGCAGCCUCCCGCCACCGCCAAUGGUAGCAUAAGUCAGCCGCCGGUCAGUCAGCACUCUCCUGCCGCCACAGGUAAGCAAUCAUCGCCGUCGUCAUCCACCCUUAGACAGGGAGCUACUAGAACCCUCUCAAGUAGCUUGACCAACCUUCCCCGUAGUGUAAACGCCAGCCAUGCUAUGGACUCCGACCCUUCCAGCAUCAACGGCCCUGUCAUGCAGCUAAGUCUCCAUGACAACCUUAAUGCAGGCUUUAGUACAAUGCGAAAGGGAAUAACUAGUGGCUUUACCAAUCUUAUGUCCACCAUUGAGUCGGCAGUGAAAACCAGCCCCGAAGACAUGAGUGACACCCUUUCAGUUCGUAGUGACCUGAGUUCCGACAGCGACAACUUCAUCAUGGUUAACAUGGAAUCAGAGCGCACUGACAGUGGACUGGGGGGAAUGGACGCCGCAUUCCGGGUGGAAAAUAAGCCACCUCCGUCUUCCAUAGAGCUUGCAUCUGAAGUUUUUGAAGAGGCCACACCUAGUGAAGUAUCAGAUGUCACCAGCUCCUUCAGAAGAAAAGAUACAAUUCCAGACCAAGUUCAGCAGUCGUUGCCGUGGAUGGUCGGAUUCCCUUGCCGCAGCAGAGCCAUGUUGCCUGAAGAUGCGUUUAGAUGCCAAAGUUGUGGCUAAUCCUACAGAGGAAGAGACAAGAGGUAUCUCAGGUGCAACGUUGCCUGUAGUUGUACGACCUUCUCUGGAGGGUCACGUGACUGACCUCAGUCUGGGACUUUUGAUGAGCACUGUCACAGGCCUCAUUGACCUCAUAGAAGAUGAAAUUAUACCGCAACCUUUACCUAUGAAGGUGCUGGUUGAGCGGAUUGGCCUGUGUCUGACAGAGGAUAGAGUUCCUGCAAAUAUAACAUCUCCAGGGUCUGUGCCCACCCAAGUGUGGAUACCAAGACUUCUUCUAAAGAGGGACACAGAGGGGGUCUUCACCAUUUUACCACAGCCAGAGGAGCCCAGUGAAACACAGCAGCUAAGGCAGAGAUGUGGGGAGCUGGAGGAGGAAGUGCGGCAGUUGAAGCAGCAGUUGGAGAGGGCAAAGAAGGGGAAUUUAUCCUCGUAAAGCCUUGCCACACAACCAAACACUGCCGAGGCUUCCCAAUCUGCAGCUCAUGCAAGAGCUUCCUGAUUCAAGUGAUGUGUGCAUUUUCAUGUAGGGACAGACAUUUGGUGAAGGUUUCGGGAAAUUUUAGGAAGAAGUUUCAGAAACCGAGACCUGAAACAUUUUGUGAUAAUACAACCUCAUUAUAAUGGCCAGUUCUGUUUUAGAAAAGAUGUUUUGCUUGUUUUUUUUUUUUUUUUUUUUUCAUAUAUGUGUUUAACAAUUUUGUUUUAUUUUAUGAAUUGAUAUCAUUGUUUACUUUUUUCUUUAUAUUGAAAGGGACAUGGAAGGAUGGAGUGAAGACUUGUCAUAAUUCUGUCAGUUGUUUUUUUAGUGUAGAACAAGCAGAAAGGGAUCCUCAUAAGAGAGUAGGAAUGCUUUCAUGUGUAAGUGUUUCCGAGGAGUGUAUUGAAGAAUAGAACACUAGCAUAUUAGGUAUAAGUGUCUCACUAGUUAUCUGUGCACUCAGCAGAGAUAUGCAAUUAACUAAUAACACUGGGCAUUAUGAAUAAAGUUGGAUGCUAGUUUAAUUUAGGGAUGUAAUAGAGUUUAAAAACUGGUGUGAGAUAGGUAGAUCACUGAAAGUGAUCAAAAUGUUCCAAUCCAUACCAAUAUUAUGUUAGAGAAACAAGAUUCAUAGUAAUAUAAACUGAUAUUAUAAUGGCUUAAUAGAUCUUUGAGAUCUUAUUGCAAAGUAGUGUCAUAUUAGUAUGCCUUAUUUGACAAUGUUGGUCAUAUGUCUAGUCCAAGUACCUGUGAAUCCGUCAUUUGAGAAAUGUACUCAAUGUAAGUUCUAGGAUCAGUAUAUUCAAGACACAGAAGCAUUUUAAGAAAUAGCUAUUUGUAUUUUAUUAUUCUUUUUAUUAUUAUUCUAUUAGCUUCAUGAAUUUGAAACUGAGACAAAUCCAUCCACAGUGAUAGC